AUGGGAUUGAGUGACGUGCAGUCGCAAGCAUCAGAGAGUAGUGGCUCUGGAUUUGAGGGGCAAAAAUUUGAGGGGAGGCAUGUCACCUUUCUUGGGAAACCUCUCUUUCCUCAGAUCCCUUUACCUCCAGGACAAUAUAUUCCAAGGAAAAAUCCCCGUGGAGCUCGGUCGCUUGUUCAGGCUGCAACAUCUGAAUUUAAUUGGAAAAGUUCAGCCACCUUUGGUUCUCUCUCCAAGCUCACUGAUCUUUACCUUUUCUCCAACCACCUCAUCGGAGGGAUUCCACCAUCUCUCGGCAACCUCUCUCUCCUCCUAGCGCUGGAUUUGGGAGCGAAUAAUAUCACAGGAACUAUUCCGCAUUCCAUCUGCCUGCUUCCCAACCUUGAGGUAUUCGGCAUUGGAGGGAAUUAUGUGUCAGGAACUGUCCCUCCCCAACUUUAUAAUAUCUCAACUCUCACGUCCCUAGUCAUUCCAGAUAACCAACUUACAGGAAGUUUACCCCAAGAUAUUGGUAUCACACUCCCAAACCUGCGAAGGAUAGACAUUUGGCAAAACCAAUUUUGGGGACCCAUUCCAGUUUCUAUUUCGAAUGCAUCUAGAAUGGAAUUGCUUGAUCUAUCAAUAAACAACCUUUCCGGGUCAUUUUGGUGGUGUUUUACCCCUUCCACUGCCAAUCUAUCGAGUAACCUCGAAGAGUUAUUGGCAGGACGGAACCAACUGGUUGGAACUAUCCCUGAGGGAAUUUCCAACUUGAAUGAGUUAGCUAAAAUUGGUUUGGAACAAAACUUUUUUUCGGAUGUCAUUCCCUUUGAAAUAGGGAAGCUUAGAAAGCUGCAAGGACGAUAUUUGGGAAGAAAUAUACUGUCUGGGCCCAUCCCAGCAAGCAUUGGAAAUCUCACCCAAAUACUGGAGCUGCUCCUGGCUGAGAACAACUUGAAUGGAACCAUACCUUCAAGUAUUGAAAUCAUCCUGGGCUUGCAAAUCUUGAAUCUUUCACAUAAUUUCUUUACCGGUCCCAUACCCAAAACAGUUGGCCUUUUCUCCACUUUAACUUUCAUGGACUUGGCUCAUAACUUGUUUAUGGGUGCCCUGCCACUCGAAAUCGGUAAACUGAUCAAUCUCGGGGAACUAAAUGUUGCGGACAACAAGUUGUCUGGACCUAUUCCUAGUAGUCUUGGAAAUUGCUUGAAAUUAGAAAGCCUUCUUCUAGAGGGUAACAUGUUUCAGGGUAGUAUUCCUCCCACUUUUAGCUCCCUGAGAGGAAUUCAAAUUCUAGAUCUAUCGCGUAAUAACUUGUCCGGCCAAAUUCCAGAAGGUCUAGCAGCCCUUAGGAUUUUGAAAAGACUCAACUUGUCCUUUAACAACCUGUCCAGGGAGGUGCCCUCACAUGGUGUCUUCGGAAACUUGAGUACCCUAUCACUUGUUGGAAAUGAAGGGCUUUGUGGAGGCAUCGCAGAAAUGCAAUUACCUACUUGCCCAAAGUCCAGGAAGAAGGGGAAUCGCCUUGGGUUCAAAAUUAUUGUCCCAAUUGCCUGUAUUUUCCCAUGUCUUUCGCUGGUGCUACUUUUGGCUGUUUCUCUAAGGAAGAGAAAACAGAAAAAUAAAUCUCUCACCCAACAAGUCGUUGGAAAGGAUUUCUUAAGGGUUUCAUAUGAUCAGCUCCUUAAAGCUACUGGUGGAUUCUCUUCAUCAAACUUAAUUGGAGCUGGAAGGUUUGGCACCGUGUACAAAGGAAUUCUCCGUGAAGGCGAAAAACCAAUUGCAGUCAAGGUGCUCAAUCUUGAACAAAGCAGAUCUUCCAAGAGCUUCAUGGCUGAAUGUGAAGCUUUAAGGAACACAAGGCACAGAAAUCUUCUAAAGAUUGUAACAGUUUGCUCAAGUGUAAAUCAUGCAGGUGAUGAUUUUAAAGCACUGGUUUUUGAGUACAUUCCCAAUGGAAGUUUGGAGAACUGGUUGCAUCCAAGAGAAGACACACCACACCAAAAAAGGAACUUAAGCCUUACCCAAAGGAUAAGUAUAGCGAUCGAUGUCGUAUGUGCAUUAGAAUACCUUCAUCACCGUUGUGAAACGCCAAUUGUCCAUUGUGAUAUAAAACCAAGCAAUAUUCUAAUUGAUGAAGACAUGACUGCAUAUGUGGGAGACUUUGGACUGGUCAAGUUCCUCAGCAUAAAUAGCAGUGACAACACUUGUGGACAGACAAGUUCACUUGCAAUCAAAGGUUCUGUAGGAUAUGUUGCCCCAGAAUAUGGAAUUGGAGGGAGGACAUCGAAAGAAGAUGUUUAUAGCUAUGGAAUCCUUUUAUUGGAAAUGCUGACAGGAAAAAGACCAACAGAUGAAUCUUUUACAAAUGGACAAAGCCUUCAUGAAUUCUGUAAGUUGGCAUUUCCAGAGAGAGUGAUGGAGGUUGUGGAUCCGCGCAUGCUACUAGAAGAACCUAUUGAAGUUGACAACGAAGAUCGGAAUGAAAUCAUUAGACAAUCCAAAAUAAGAGAAUGCGUAAUUUCCCUUGUGAGGAUUGGGAUUGCAUGUUUUGCAGAAUCACCUGGCAAAAGGAUGAACGUCAAGGACGUGUUCGUUGGAUUAAUGAAAAUUAAAGAAGUAUUUCUUGGAGUAGGUAUCCAAGGCAGGAGGAUGCGACUCGCCGGUGAAGGAACGUCUCGAGAAUAGCUUCUAAGAGUGGCUGCAGGAAUCGACUUUACAAAGGAUGGUUAGAAGCUUUGAAGUGCAAUCAUUUAGUCAGAAAGGCCAAACCCAAAUUGUGCAGGCUGGUUUGUUAAUCAUGUACGUUAAGAAGAAUUAAAAAAGAAGAUGAAAGUGCUCUCCUAUAUAUUGUUUUGGGUUUUCAAAUAGUCAUUGUGCAUA